CCAUGGAGCCGCCUCAGCAGCAGCCCGGCCCUCGCCCUGGCGCCGCUGCUGCCCAAGCGGCAGGGGUCCUACCAUGGGAGGACGAUGGUGGUGGAACCUGGGCAUACUCCAUCCGCCGGCGCCUGGCUGGGGAGCUCCAGGAGUUCGGGCACGCUGACCCCAAGCAUGUGGAUGACCUGGUGGCCGAGCUGGUGACCAUCCUGUGUACUGUGAUGCGGAAGAGCAGCCGGGGAGCCUGGCUGCGUCUGAUGGAGGCCAUGCGCCUGGCUGCCCCUUUCCGGCAGCUCCUCUCUGGGCGGGCAGAGCUGGCCCCUUACCUGGAGGGCCUCUACUACCAGGUCCACCUCAACCAGGCCUUAGUCUCAGACUUGGAUGUCCUGGGCACUGUGGGACAGACCUUCCCUGAGGACUGCUCUAUGCUGUGGGCCCCUCCGAGGGCCGCCUGCCUCCGGGAUCCUGCAGAACCCACCAAGAUUCUGCCGCUGAACCAAGAGCCCAUUUUUGCAGGCCUGCCCUGUCCUUUUGCCACUGACUGGGCCAUGCCCGGGAUUUCUGGCAUAUGGGAAUCAGACCCUGUGUCCGUCCAGGAGCUACAGAGACAUGUGGGGCCGGUUGGGAGUGAGGUGGCCCGAGAAGAGACUGCUGGAGCAGGCAGCCUUUCCCUCAUGGCUCUGACACUGGCCACAGAGGUGCCAACCCAUUUCCCCUGCAUGGAAGAACCCACUGCUGCUACAGAACCUUCUUUGCAGCCUGGCCAAAAAGCCUCAGGAGCGGCCCUGUUGCCGGAGGAGAAGGUGGUGAUGGAGGCAAUUCCAGGUGGACAGGUGGCACCUGGCAAGGAACCGCCCAUGACUGGUCUCCAAGCAGCUGAGGUGUUUGCCAGGAACCGCCAUUUAGGGAGGAUUAAAUUUCUAUACCUCAACAUCGCUCCCAACCGGCAUUUCAGGCCUUAUGACCUGGUGGCUGUUCCCAAGCACCUGAUCAAUCCCCAGCACUAUGUCUUCUCACCAUACGGGAUAUUGUAUGUGCACCCCAAGGAGGCCUCCGAGGCGUUCUCCCUGGGUGACUGGCAUCGGGAGGCUGUGCUGUGGCAACUGAUGCAGUUCAUACCCUUUUUCCGGCUUUUCUUGGUCCGCAAAGCCUUUGUCCGAUGGUGCUUCAAUGUCAAACACUUGCAGCGACUGAAACGGAGGGAGAAGCUGCGUCUUCAGCUGCUCCAGGCAGUGCCACACUUUGGGGCAGCUCUUCUUCAGAUUUCCAGACUGUUGCAGGAGCUGCAAUCUGUCCACUGGCUGCCCAUAAAUAAGGCCAAGUGCUACACCUUUCCUGACCUCAAACGGAGCCUGGCUCAGGAGAAGAGCAAUGCACAAAGCUUGCUCAGCCGCUUCCUUAUCCUCUGCUCUUCCAUCUUGGAGCUGGUGCGGGAUGACACAUACAAAAUGGUCCAUGGGAUGCAAAUGAAAGUGCAGAAUUAUAAACUGUACCUCCUCAAGGAGUCACUCUACUACCAGCGGAUGCAGUAUGAGGGGCUGCAGCGCCGCUUGCGGGAGGCUGAAUCUUGGUUAGGGCGGCUGGGCAUACUGGCUCUUCUGGUCAACUUCCUCAUCUGCCAGACUUUGGUGUCUGCAAUCCAAGAGGAUUCCAUGGCCUUUGUCCAUCACACCAUGAAGGCCGAUGGCACUGCUCGAAAAGCGGUCCUCCGGGUGCACCUGGUGUUCAGUGAAGACAGCCAGCUGGUGCUCUUCCCCUCCAACCAGGAGCUGGAGGACUGCCUCUUGGGGGCAGUGAAUGUGGUGAUAGAGUCAGUCCUGCAGACAACCCGGAUCCAAAUGGAGGGGCCAGAGAGCAAGGGGAGCCUAAACACCACAGCGUCCGUCACCAAGCACCAACCAGUCCAAUCAAGUGCUCUGUCCCUGUGUGGCCGGAGCCACAGCACUCUCCAGCCCUUCUCCAUAGCUGCCGAGUCGCUUGAAAGGUUGCCCACGGCCAUCUUGUGUGGGGAGGAACCCCAGCUGGUACAUCGGCUGGACUUAAAGGCUUUUGGGGGCCUAGAGGUGGUUGGCCACCGCCUGAGGGGCGAGUAUCCUUUGCUGUCCCGUGAGCAACUGGAGAAGGACUUGCACUCAGAUGGCAUCAUACGGGAGGCCCUGGCAACUCAGCAGGCUCUGCUCAAGGUUGCAUUGAGCGAGACCCAGCUGCUGUGUCGGGAGUACUCCUGGCUCAGCCAGAUCUACGACUUUGUUCACAGCUGGGGUGCCAGCCAGAUAGAAAGCAUGAAAGGCUGGCCAGCGGAGGAGUAUGUGAACCAGAUCUUGAAGCUGCGUGCGUGGGUGACCCAGGUAGAGAAUGUCCCACGUAUGGUCAUCACAUAUAACCGCCUCCUCUUUGUGGACUGCAGUGGCAUUCAUCAGGACAUCCUGCCCCUGCUAGAUUCCAUCAACAAGGACAUUUUGUCGCUCCUGCUGAGCGAGACCACAGAACGCAGUGAGGUCUUCAUUGCAGAGUUGGCUGCUGUGCUGCAGCUGUACAUGAACGUGGGCAGUGACAUCUUGACCAUUGCCAAGUGCUCCCAGAAGCUGGAGCAGUACGAGGGGCAGAUGAAGGAGUUGCAGGAAUACAUUGACUACGUGCGGGCCCUGAACGAGGUCAUACAGCAGUGCUUCCGUCCUCUCAGCCCCAGUGAAGAGAGCCUGGAAAACACACUCCUGGACACCUGGGAUGCCUUUGUGUACCAGCAGCGGGAGGUCUCCGACUUCAUUGUCUCUCGGCGCCUCAGCAUCAUUGCGGAGCUGAGCAGUUCACUCCAGAAGGCCAUCCGUGAACUGCAGGAUGUUCUCUCCAUGGUCACAGUAGGCCGUUUCCUGGACCCUGCCCAAAACCCUCGGGCUAUAGAAGAGGAGCUCCAUGCCCUCCUGCAGAACUUUCAGGCUUUGGUGUUGCGGGUGGCUGACCUCUGCCGGUCUCAGCGUAUUCUGACAGGAGACUGUAUGGAUGUGUCUUUCAUCACGGGGAAGCAGGGAGUCAUUGAGAUCCGGGCACGGAUUUGGCAGCUUUACCGCAUCAUCUCUGAACAGAUCAUGGAGUGGAAGUGUCUGGCUUUUGCCAAGUUCAGCACUGCUCUAGCCAUGGAGAAGACAGAGGAGUGGCAGAAGGAGGUGAUCAGCCUUGAACACUGCCUGUCCGACAACCACCCUGUCCUGCAGGCUUGCUUGCGGACCAUUGGCAACUUCCAGAAGUACCUUCCUUUGCUUCUGAAGCUUGGCAGCCCAUUUCUCAAGCUCAACUGCUGGAAAGAAAUCUUUGCAGUGAUGGGCAUCAAGUGCCCCCUGAACAUGCAAUUCACACUGGGCCAACUCCUCUCAUACCCACUGCUGGAGCACAGCGAUUCCAUCUUUCGGGUCUAUGCCUGUGAGAAGAGCCGCCACUUUGCCAGGGAUAAUCUUCACCGCCUUCAGAGGACCUGGACUGAGAAGCAGUUCCGCUUGGUGAAUUUCAUCCUCAAUGUGCCAUACCACGAGCCUCAGCCAGAGCGCUUCCGUCGUCCAGUGAGUGGCCGCCACCGCCCAGCCAAGCUAGAAUAUAUUUCCAAGGACAGUGGCACUUACGUCUUGUCAGACACAUCUGAGCUGAAAGCCACUGUGCAGAACAGCAUCUUGACUCUCCAGAACAUCAUCUUGUCUCCCUUCACAUCUGACCUUUUGGAGCAAGCUGAGAGCUGGGCAACCACAUUGCGUGCCUUUGAUUCCCUCCUGGAUGCCUGGGUCAAUUUCCAGCAGAAAUGGGUCUUCCUGAAUAUUGUUCUCUAUGAGAUGGACAUUAGCCUACCCAGUGCUGAGCUGGAUACCAGGUUCCAACGGGUAGAUGCCUUCUUCCGAGAAUUCAUGCAGGUGACAUGCAAUGACCCCCUGGUGCUGUCCAGUGUGAAGCUAGCACCAGGCAGGUGCCGCGACAGCCGCUUCGUGGGAAGCAGCCUACAAGCUGCAUUCACGGAGGGCUCUGGAGACCUCCUGGUCAUAAUCCGGGCCCUGGACUAUGUCUUGGAGGCAACACGGAUGGGAUUCCCCCGGCUUUUCUUCCUCAGCAAUGAGGAACUGGUUGCCCUGGUGGCCACAGCAUCAGAACCUGCAGAGGCCUCAGCUUGGUCCCAACGCUGUUUCCCUGGCGUGCGCCAGCUGCAGCUCAACAUGCCCUCUGCCACCCAGAAUCGCACCACGUUCUCUGCAGAGCUCCCAGUGGUCCAGGUGAUGGGCCUGGUUGGGGAGCAUGGUGAGACACUGAAGCUGUGCAGCAUGGUCUCCCUAAGCCGGAAGGCCACACAGUGGCUCUCUGCCCUGGAGCAGCGCAUGAAGGAGUCCCUUUUCUACCAGAUGCAGGAGUGCAUGGUCCAGCGCCUGGUCCUGCAUCCACAACUGGACGUAGCCUUUGAGCGGCACCCAGGCUCCACAGAACUGCCCCUGCAUUUGGUUGCAGAGUCUUGGGGGACACUGGGCAGCGCCUUCCCCACCCAGUGUGUGCUGCUUGCAGAGGAGGCCUUGUGGCGGGUGGCGGUGGAGGAAGCCUUGCAGAAACCUGACUGCUGGUCGGGGCUGCAGCUGAAGUUGUGCCUGAAGAUGGAGGCCCUGGCCCACUACAUCCGCAAUUACCGCAGCAUCCAUGACUGGAAUCCCAGGGAGGACCAGCUGGGGGUGCUGCUGGGCAGCCUGAUCAUUCUGACCGUCCACCAGCGGGAUGUCCUUUCCCAGCUCUUGGAAUGCAAGGCCAGCUCCCCACAGGCCUUCCAGUGGGCUGGGCAGCUAAAGUACCGCAUAGUCCUGAAUCCUGAGAGAGCCCGGUCAGCAAGGCUCCCUCCCAGAAGUCCCUGGGUGGGCAACCCGCCCGGUUGCUGGGGUGAAGUCCUUGAAAGCUGUCUCCCAUAUGACUAUGAGUUCUUGGGCCCUGGUCUCCGCCUCCUGGGGAGCUCUUGCUUGGACAGGACCCUGCUGGGGCUGCUCCUGGCCCUGGAUGAGUUCCGUUGUGGAGGCCUGCUGGGCCACCCUGACGUGGGCAAGUCCCACACAGUGCAGGGCCUGGCCCAGGCGCUAGGCCGCCAGCUGGUGGUGGUGAGCUGCACCAUCCGCAUGUCCAUCAGUUGCCUUGCUCGCCACCUCUGUGGGGCAGUGCAUGCGGGGGCAGUACUGGUGCUGGACUCAGCCGAACAGCUGGAGACAGCAGUGCUGUCCGCCUUCAGCCAGCGUCUGGUUGACCUGCAGAGGAUGUGCCUGAGCCUGCAGGCUAGCAAGAAGACUGCCCCGGGCACCUCCUCCACUGGUACCUCCCCAGCUAGCCAGGACUCAGAGAGCUCUGGAAGCUCUGAUGAGCAGCCCAUUGUGGCUAUGCCAGAGCUGGGCAUGGAUGAGGCCGAGCCCUACCAGCCACGGGUCCUGGGCAACAUCCUCUUUGGGGGGCGGCUGCUGCGGGUGCGGGAGACCUAUGGCUGCGUGGUCACCCUAGAGCACCUCCCAGAGCCCCUGCGCCUGGCUGUGCGCCCCCUGGCCCUGCUGCCCCCUAACCUCACCAGGCUUGCAGAGGUCACCCUGCUAGCAGCUGGCUUCCGAGAGGCAACACGGUUGGCAGAGAAACUCUGUACCUUUUUACGCCUGGAGGGGGAACUGGGGCCCGAUCCGCCCCGCAGCCGCCCAACGCUACUGCGGGAAGUGAUCUCGAGGGCUGUAAACAUCUUAUUCACCCCUACACCAGGGCGAACCCUUACACUGGACCGGUCCAAGCACUCAGCUCGGACUACCUUUUUCUUGGGUUUGGAUGAGGAGCCGGCUGUGGUCAAGGCCCUGUGCCUCUCUCCCUUGCUGAAUGGCCCAGAAUGCCCUCGGCUGCAGAAUGUGCGAGAGCUCUUGCAUGAGAUCUUCCCCAGUACUUCCACGCAGGCUUUGGAACCCCCGAUGCCCGCCCGGCUCCAGAGCGCCCUGGUGGCCCAGCUGCAUGAAGACAAGAUACACCCUGACCCACAACUCCUGAGAUUUGCUGGUCUGCUCUCCCAGGCCCUGCAGGGUACCACAAGUGUGGUCCUCCUAGGGCCCUCAGGCGGGGGCAAAACCACUGCCUGGCGCACCCUGGCCAAGGCACAAAGCAGGCUGGCAGCUAGUGAUGCCACACAUGGGGUGUCACCAGGAUCUGGCACACAACCAGGGGGCGGCACACACCUGGACACGCUAUUCCGGCCUAUCAGCACAGUCUGCCUGUGGCCCAACGGCCUGAGUGUGGUGGAGCUCAUGGGCAGCCUGGAAGGCAGCAUGUGGCAAGAUGGAGUCCUGUCUCGGCUCCUGCAAAGGGCAGCCAAUUCAGCCUUGGUCAGCGAGACAGAUGUGGGUGGCACCCAGCAGUGGCUGGUGCUGGAUGGAGCAGCCUGUGCCGACUGGUUGGAACCCAUCUCCUCUCUCUUCAGCACCAGGCCCUCCCUCACCUUGCCCAAUGGACAGCGGCUGCAGAUCCAUGAGAAUGUCAAAUUCCUCUUUGAGAUGCAGGAUGCUUCUGGGAUGCCUCCCUCUGUCUGCACCCAUUGUACCCUGCUGCACUGUGUGGGUGCCAACCUCUGGCAAUCACUGCUGUCAUCAGCUCUUCUCCCUGUGUACCGCAAGUACAGCCUGACUCAGGAGAGUUUGACUAUGCUGCAGGACCUGGCAGAGGAGCUCUUCCCACCCACCUUGGCCUUUCUGCAGGAGCACUGCUGUUCCGUUCUUUUGCCCCACAGCCACCCACAGAACCCAGUGGUAGAAGGAGCUCAGGAAACCAUGACCUUUGUCCGGAUACUCCAUGCACUGCUUGAGCGGUACAUGCGACGAGACAAGAUCAAGCUGCUUGCUGCUGUCCAGGAGCCCACAGAAGCCAAGACAAGCCCAUAUCUCAUUCACUCUGGCUCCACCUCUGGUUACCGCAGCUUGGAUGACAGCGUCCCUGCCCAUCACCACCUGCUUAUCCAGAGCAUCUUUGUCUUUGCCUACAUCUGGGGCUUUGGAGGCCACCUCCAUCCCAGGCACUGGCCUUUCUUUGACCGCUUUGUCCGCCGAGCUCUGCUCAACAGCCGCUUCUCCAUAGAGCUCCCUACUACAGAUUCCAUUUUUGACCUCUGCCCCGUGGCAGAGAGUGGCCACCUGAACUCCUUCAAUGGAGCCUUCCUGUCCAACCGGGUCAAGAUCAUCCCUGGGAGCUUCUCAGUACUGCCACAGUAUGAGCGGGUGCUUUUCGUGGUGGACCUGCUGCUGGGCACUGAGCAGGCAGUCCUCUUGGUCGGGGAGCCUGGCUGUGGGAAGUCGUCUUUUGCCGAGAUGCUGGUGCAGCCCAAUUUCCUCUACCACCGGGUGCGUGUCACGCCAGCCCUCAGGGCAGCUCACCUGCGCCAGCUGCUGCACAGGAAGUCUCUCAGCACGGUGCGGGACAAGGGCCAUUUCCCCAUCGGCAAACCUACAAGGGGCACAGCUGCCAAGGGGUGCUGCCUCUUCUUGGUGGAGGACCUACACAUGGCCUUUGUGGACCCUGCCCAUGGUUCCAGCCCUGUGAUGGAAACCCUGCGCCAGGCUCUGACUCACCAACAGUUCUAUCAUGCUGAGACUCUGGAGCUGCAGAACUUUCCAGGCACAGGCUUCAACUGCUUUGGCACCCUUUCAGUGCCUGUGACUGGGGCACGACCCCUUUGCCCUCGCUUUGGCCGGCUGUUCAGCACGGUGGUGCUGCCAACAGUGACCAGGGAGUCUCUGCUCCACAUGCACACGGGCACCAUCCUCUCCUGGCUGGAGAAGUUUCCCCUGCUGACCCGGCACAAUGACUUAGCUUCAGCCAUAGUUAGGGCCACCAUUGACACCUAUGAAGCUGUCAAGAGUCAGUUCCAGUCCUCUCCUGCCUGCUGCAUUUUCCAGUUCUCCUUGCAUGACAUCCAGAAGGUGAUCAAGGGGAUGCUGUUGCUGCGGCCCCGUCCAGGCAUUCACCUCACUAGCCCCCUGGAUGACCACAGCUACCGUACAGCAGCCAGCCGGCGUGCCUCUGGUUUGGGCAGGAUGCCCACAGGGGCAGGCUACACCACAGUCCUCAGCAUUCGGCUGAUUGUCCGCCUCUGGAUACAUGAGAGCCUGCGUGUUUUCUGUGACCCACUGCGUGGUGAGCACCAGCGUGAGUUGUGUGGGCAGAUGCUGAUGGAGACGGCCAAAUCCACCUUCUGUGCCAAGCGUACCAUCAUGCGUAUGGUGCCCUCCUGCUGUGCCCAGCUCACCGCUCAGACCAGUGUUGCUUCCCAGUCUCUCAGCACCUAUGAUGCUACAGAAGAAGUGCCCAAUCAGGAGGACCUCUUGCUGAGCACCCAUGUCGAGCCAAGCUUCACCAGGAAUUUCACCCAUCUUGAUCCCUGGGACCCUGUGGAGCAGGCACCCCCUCUUGCACUCGACCCCCCAGUGCCAGCCCCAUGGGAAGAGCCCCUCCUAGAGGAGCUGCCAGAAAGUGAAGCUCUUGAUGUAGUACCUGAGGAAUUGGAGGCUGGGAAGAAGAAGGAUGGUGCCCUGGAUAGGGCAAUGCCGGAUUCUCUGCGGUCAUAUGAGAGCCAUGCCACUUCUCGCCGUCCCUCCUAUGCACGGCUGAGACGCCGUCCCUCCUCCAGGAAGGAGAACCUUGGCCCAAUGCUGCCUGCACACCUCCUGCUGUUACAGGGCGAGUCCCUGAGGGAGAUUGUCUUCAGCAAAGACCUGGGCCCUGAUGCCUAUAGCCCUACCGCCCACAACCCCUACCAGGAGAAGCCCUGGAAGGUCUUGGAGGGUCAGCUGGUCCCCACCUUGUCCUCAGACUUCUUGCUGUGCACAGAGGGACUGAGGCAGGUGGUACACCUGAGCCGCCUCCUCUGUGGCCCUGACAGGCACGGGGCCCUUGUCUCCUUCAGCCGAUGCACGGGCCGGCAGACGCUGGUGGCUGUGCUGGCCCGUGUCACCGCCUCCCUGCGCGUGGAGCUGCCGGCCAAAGCAGAUGAAGCGGAGUCUGUGGCACUCUUGCGGUUGGCAAGCUGGCACGCAGGAAUCAAGGGAGAUCGGGUGCUGCUGGUGGUGCACCCGGGAGUGCGGAUGCCCAGCUUGCAUCUGGUCAUGACGCUGAUGGCAGAGGGGACGUGCCCAGGACUUUACAGCCCCGAUGACUCCAUGUCCAUCAUACAAGCCCUGCUGCAGGAGAACCCCGCCAUCAAGCGCACCAUGCGGGAUGACCUCAUUCUCCAGAAGUUCUUCCAUUUUGUGCGCUCUAACUUGCAUGUGCUGCUGCUCCUGGGGGGUCCCCCAGGUACCUUGGCCCUGUCCCCUCUGAUGGCCACAGCCCUGUCCCAGUUGCUCUGCAGCAUCGAAAUCUACCAGCCCUGGAGUUACACAUCCCUAGUGGAGGUGUCCUCCAAGCACAUCCGGCACCACCUCAAGCACACCACAAGGCUCACUCGAGAAAUGUCCCCUCUGUAUACCCUCAAGGACCUGCGGCAUCACUUGGCCAGCGUCACUGCUCUGAUCCACUCCUCUGCUGUUGCCCAUGCCACUUUCCUUGGUGCCCACCUUCCCCUUAUCAACCCAAAGAGUUUUCUGGACUUUCUGGACAUUUUCAUAGUACUGUUGGAUUCCUUGCAAGAGCGAAAUAGCAAGCAAACAGAAAGGAUGAAGCUGGCAUUAGUCAAGAUGGGCGAAGUGACCAAGAAACAGCAAGAGCACACGCGGGAUGUCCGUUUCUUGCAGCAGAAACUGAUCAAGAUGAAAGAGCAAGUGGCGCAGAGCCAGCGGGAAAUGAAGGAGCAGGAGGUACUGAGGCAGCAGGAGAAGGAGUGCCAGAUGUACGAGGCCCACAUUGACACCCUCACAAGGCGGAGCGGAUGACUUGGAGAAGAAAGGGAGGUGGCCAUGAAGAAGGUGAGCAGAGACUACAAGGCUGCCCUGGCUCGGCUGCAUGUGCAAGACAUUGAGGAGCUGCGCAGCUACCGCCAGCCCCCGGACCUUGUGAUCAAGGUGACCGACUUGCUCUGCAUGAUGUUUGACCAUGAGCCAGGCUGGGAGAACGCCAAGCUGCUCCUCAACCAGGAAGAUUUCUAUGAGGAGCUGAUCUUCUACCCAAAGGAGGAUCUCCCCACAAAGCUCUUCACCGAACUGGGCAAGGUAGUGUCUGACAAGGAUUUCUCUGUAGCCUCCAUCCAGAAAGCCAGCCAAGCCGCAGCAUCCCUCUGCCAGUGGAUCUCUGCAGUCUACUGGUUCCACUGGGCACUGCGCGAGUGGCAGCCUGCUGCACUGCAGUUGCAGCACUGCGAUGCUCAAAUCAACACAGAAAAAUUGUGCCUGGGUGACCGGCGUAUGCACGCAGAAAGCUUGAAGGAAGCCACUGAGGCUCGGAUCCGGGAGCUGAAGCAGAAGCAGGAGCGGCAGGAGAAGCUGCUGCAGCAGCUCACACAGUCCUUGCAAGCCAAAGAGGAAGCCACCACAGUAGAGAGCUCUGUGGCGGAGCACAUGGCCAACUGGAGCACACUUGCCAAGGGCCUGGAGCGUUGCCACAUCACUGUGUAUGGUGAUGCGCUGCUCUGUGCAGCUGUCCUCUCAUACCUGGGCCCCUUCCCUCCGACCCGACGAGAGGAGCUGCUGGAGAAGUGGCAGGCACUGUGUGCUGGCUCCCAGGUCCCCUUGGGCCCAGACGACAUCCGCCGGAUCCUGCAGAAGAACCUGCCUUGCCCUGGUUCGGCCUCCAUCGGCCCCCCACUGGUGGCAGUCCAAAGUCCACUGGACCUGGUCUCCCUCCUCAGCUCGCCUCAGGAGCAGCGCCUCUGGGAUCGGGUUCACAAGCCCAAGGAUUCUGAGAGCCGGCUCACAGCCAUGAUCCUAUGUUCCAGCAUUCACUCACAGGCCCACCGGUGGCCUCUCUUGGUGGACCCUGACAGGCAAGCCCAGCUCUGGCUCCUCUCAUCUCCUGCUUUAGAAGAGGAGGAAUCGGAGACCUGUGUCCUUUCGGAGCUCGUGCCAGAUAUGGUGGAGCAAGGUGGCUGGGACGAGAUCCCAGAAGACAAGCUGGAAAUCCUGUCGCUCACAGACCCUGACCUGGAAAAGAAUCUCAGGAAUGCUGUCAGCCUUAACUUGCCAGUACUGCUGCUGAACUUUGAGAAGAAUGUUCCUUGGUGCCCGACUCUCCGGCAGCUGAUGGAUAAGGAGUCCUUCCGAGGAGCCGAAGGCAAGGUCCUUCUCACCAAGUCUGAGAAGGGGGAUGAAGAGGAGGAAGAGGAGGUGCUGGUGCAACCCUCUUUCCAGCUGUACCUGUGCACCGAGCUGCCUCUCGAAGCUUUGGGUGCAGAGGUGGACCAGAUGCUCCUGAAGAGCUUGAACGUGAUUGAUCUCAGCCUCAGCCCAAAGGCACUGGAGGACCUCCUGCUGGGAGAGGUGUUGCGGGCUGAACGCAGAGAGAUCCUGAAGACCCGGCAGGCCUUGCACCUGGCCGUCCUCCACCUGGAUGGCAAGCUAGAGGCCACAGAGGAGGAGCUCUUGGAUUUGAUCUCACAGCCCCAGCGCUCCCUUUUGGAGGAGGAGAACUUCAUGCCCAUGGUGCGGCUCCUGCAAACUCAGAUCCAGGCCCUUCAGGCCACUCGCCAGCACAUGGUCUCCCAAUACCAGGAACAAGCUGACCUGUGUGACAAGUACCGGCGGGUGGCCCGCGUUGGCACAGCCCUCCAUGGGGCACUCAAGCAGGUGGCCCGCCUCCACCCGCUCUACCGCUUCCCCACAAUGGUUUGCGUGGACCGUGUGCGCCAGGCCCUCCUCUCUGCCAAGCGCCAGCAAGACACCAGCAAGCAGGAGACACUGGAGGCGCGGCUGCUGGAGCUGAGCAAGUAUGUCCUCCAGCAGUUGCUGACUCAGGCCCUGCCUGGCCUGCGGGAGAUGGACCGCCUCCUCUACAUCUUCCUGGGGGCAUUGGCCACCCUGCCUGGAGCCGGGGCCAAAGCUGUCAGCUCUCUGGAGUGGCUGGCUUUCUGUGGAGGUCUGCGGGAGCCAGCCACCAUGUCCCUGCUUCUGCUGAAUGAGGAGAGGGCCCAUGAAGGGAUACCGCGCCCCAGCUGGGUGCCUGCCGAGGCCUGGGAGGAGUGUCGGGCACUGGAGCAGCUGCCAGGCUUCCGAGGUCUGCUGGCUUCCCUGGCUGGGCAGGUGGAACAGUGGCAGGAAUACUUCCGCCUGCCCUCCACUGUGGUCGGCCCUGCCUUGUGCCCCAGCCAUACCCACCUCAGCCCCUUCCAGCGUGCCAUCCUGUGGCGUGUGCUGUGCCCCGAGGCCAUGAGCCGAGUGCUGGCAGACCUCACCACCUGCUUGCUGGGCUGGUCCAUGACAGAAGAGAUGGUGGCCGCCAACCCUUACGCAUACAGCCGGGCCAACAAGCCCAUCAUCUUCCUCACCCCCCCAGCCGGAUCGGCUGCCUCCUUCACCGUGCCCCUUCUCUGGAUCCACCAGAUGGCUGCUCACCGGAAACGGGCGGGAAAGAUUGUUGUCAUCUCCUUUGGCACCCCCGAUGCUUCCCGGCGCGUGUGGCGGACGCUCCCUGUUUGCACCAAGAAAGGCAAGUGGCUGGUCCUGAACAACUGCCACCUCCAGGAGCACUGGGACCCGGAUGUGCUCCUGCAGUUGGAUCACCUGCUGAACAUGCAAGCAGGUGAGACCGAGGGCCGAACUCUUGAAGUCAAUUCCAAGUUUCGCCUCUGGCUCAUCACAGCAGCUGACGCCCCUGAGUCAGUGCCAGGGCUUGUCCACCGCAAUGCCACCAUCUUUUUCUGUGAGGUGCCUCUGGAAUUCAAGGGCAUUCUGAUGCGGGCUCACCAGUGGCUGCAGGGACAGGUGCAUGGCCUGGACACAGAGAAGCGCCUCCCACUCCUCGUCCUCUACGCUGUCCUGCUGUACCGGCAGAUCUACGCCCCCUGGACCCAAGCUGCCCUUUAUCUCUGGAGCCACUGGGAAGUGGCCGAGGGAUUCCAGAUCCAAGAGAAGCUGAAUCAUCUGGCAAACAGCCCCCCAGAAGCCCUGCAGGAACUGGCAGGGAGCAUGCUCUAUGGGGGAUACGUCCUGGACAGCGGUGACGCUCAGGCUGUGGAGAGUCUGUGCCAACAAUGCCUCAAGGCCACUGCCCGCCUGCAACCAGGUUGCGGCCCCCAAAAGAUCUUGGAUCUUGUAAUCGGCUCCCCUGGCUCAGGGCUCUCAGAAGAGGAGGCAGCCGCCGCCACACAGGCCCGGAUUGCGCAGCUGCCCAGCCCCAUGGAGCCCACCUGGGUGGGUCUAUGCAGUGGGCUGCAGCAGAAGAUGCUGUUGGGCCGCAGCCAGGCCUUGCUUUCGGCACUGCGGGCAUCCCAGGGCCUUUGGCAACCCCGAGGACCCCCUCUCCAGCAGCAGGAGGAGCAGCAGGAGGCCCUGGCGCAGAUGGUGCGCAAGGGCCUGCAGGUGGUGGAUGAGCUGCAAGGGCGGCUGGAACGCUGCGGCUGGGAGGUGGGGGUCCGGGGGGGUCCUCCCGAAGGGCAUUCCCGCCCCAAGCCCCGCCCAAUGCAGCGCUUCCUCUUGGAGGAGGGGGGGACCUUACUGGCCCUCCUGAAGCAGGUGGGCCGGGACCUGCGCUGUGUGGAGGAGCGCCUGCAAGGGGCGCCCUGCUCCUCCUGCCGCUGUGGAGCCAUCUUCCAGGAGCUGUUGUGGGGGCGGAUGCCCAGCCCUUGGCUGCCCUAUGUGCCUACUGGGCCCCAGGCCCCCCAGAUCUGGUUGGAGACGCUGCGGCAGCGCUGCCGUUUGCUCUGUGGCUACAUAGGCUCCAUUGGGGGUCAGUUGGUGGCCCACUACCAGCUAGCUGCCUUUCAUCGGCCCCGGCGCCUCUUCUUGGCUCUGCUACAGGAGAGAGCCCGAGCUGAGAAGCAAGAGGUGGAUGCCUACCACCUGGACCAGAAGAUUUUGCCCGGCAUACUUCCCCCCAGUGAAGCCCCUGAGAAGGGCCUCUACCUGAGUGGCCUGGAAGUCCACCAUGCCAUGUGGAAUAGCCGCACUGGGCAGCUCCAGGAGACCCUCUCUGCUCAGCCCUGCCGGCUGCCCACCAUCUGGGUCCAAGCCAGCCGGCAGCCCUCGAUAAACACUGCUGACCUGCCCACCUAUCAGUGCCCUGUAUACCUGGGGGCACCCCAGACGCCUGUGCCCCUCAGUAGCCGCCACAUCAUCAUGCAUGUGGCCUUGCCAUGCAAAAUGGCCCUGGAACUGUGUGCCCAGCGGCGGGUGUAUGCCAUCAGCCUCUUACAGUGAGAGCCCUGUAGACAGAAGCUGGAAGAGCCAAUGUUGCUGUUGUUACUGUAGUUAAUAGUAAAAUUGGUAGUGGCAAGGAGAGAGGGGAUGUCCGUUAUCCCUCCUUCAGCCUCCAUUGUUCAAGGACUCCCCUCUACCCCCCCCCCCAUG